AUGAUACAAAUAUUAACGCCACUACUCGACGAAGAUUGCAUCAGAAUAAUUCGUUACCUACUCUCCUCCACUCAACUAUUUAUCCAACUCGGAAAACAGAAAUCCAGAGUAUUUGAAACAAACAAGGGCACCCUCCAAGGAGACGCCUUAUCCCCGGUCUUAUUCAUCGUAUAUCUGGAGGCGACCCUACGAAAUGUUAGUAAUAACAUCCCCAGACAUAUUACAGAAGUCAUCUUUGCAGAUGACAUAGAUUUCACGGCAACAGACCGCCAACUAGAAGGUACUAUGGACAAAUUGGCCAACACUUUUGAAAAAUCAUUCCUAAAAAUUAACACUGAGAAAACAGAAUACACUAUAGUGAGGCGAUGUGACGAACGACACGAGGAAAAAUGGAGGCAUACAAAGAAACUUGGCACUUUCUUAGGAGAUACAGAAGACAUGAUACGAAGAAAAUCAUUUGCAACUUUCGCGCUCUAA